UGCAUUGAACCGAUACGAAUGGCAACGAUCCGUUUUCUCGAACGUUUCGCCAUCACCGGCGGCCAUGUAUCGAUAUUCUUGUAUCUCUCAAUGGCUGAGGAAAAUGGCAGAAAAGAAACAAUCGAUGUAACGAAAUCAACAUCGUCAACGAUCGUUGGAAAAUGUUCGGUUACGGUCGGGGUAGAUCUUUACGUUUCCAGAUUUUUCCGAUUAUUCAGAGGGAGAAUCGUAGGCCGACUAACACGAUUAAACGAUCGAUAAGAGCGAAUGCGAGAUCGCGACGAUACAGAUAUUCUUGUCCCGUCUUAUCUCACGGAAAAGAAGCUGAAGUUGAGUCAAGUGUGGCGCGGCGUGUGUCGUUUAAUCGAUAAAAUGUCUUUCUAAUGUAUUUUGCUUUUGAUAUUCGCAUAUCGGAAAGUUCUCGUCGAUGGUCAUCGGGAUGCACCAAACGGUAAAAAGUAAAGAGGGAACGCGGAUUUGCAGCGAUCGUCGGUGACGAAACGAUAACGAAACGAAUAACUGACAAUGAGUAAUCGUUUGUAGAAGAAAGGUAUGUCGCGUAAAGUAUUAAAGGAAAAAGAAUGCUUAAAAAAAGUGAGCUACGAGUCGAUAAAAAAAGGACAAUGACGAACAGAAUUUAUCAGCCGGUUGUUUACAGUGCGAUUAGAACGGCGAGCAAUUGUGCAUGCCUUCGAAAAAUGUUCAUAUACGUAUAGUAUACGUAAAUAGUAUGACAAUAGUAUGACAUAGCCGGCAUUCCAUAAAUUAUAAAUAACCGCUUGUUAUAAAUAUGCCAGAGCGUGUAACAGCGUGUAAGACUAGCGAACCAGCAAACUAUGCACCCUCGGUGUCCCAUGCCUUCAUCGAACGCGCAACGACCGGAAAACAUCGAUCAGGCGACACCUGAACAACUUGAUCUUAAUAAUCCGAUCCGAUGGUUCUUCUUCGUGUAACGUGCAUCAAAUUAACAGAUUUAUCAAACACCGACACUCGUCGUUCGAUAAAUCGGAUAAUAUCUGGCGUUUCGGUUACGAACGGAUUAUUCUUUCGCUCGUCGUCGAAUCAUCGACCACCGUCCUAGCAUAUGCUAUAUGCUAGUCAGAGAAAUAUAAAUAGGCGAAUAAUAGAUAAUUACUAAUCGCAAAGUCAACAAAAGAACUUGGAAAAGAACUUGAAAAGAAAUUGAAAUUGAGACAAAACGAUGCGAAGAUAGCGAUAAAUAACGACAAACAUCUCAGAUUAGAUUAAUAGAGGAGCGUGCGUUAUAGCGAUAGCGGGUACAAUGAUCCAGGAGUAAAAUCGACGAUACUUUUUCGAUUGACAUGGCGUUCGCGGCAUUCAGCGAUCAACAAUUACCGAAAAAUAGUAUAACCGACAACUUUGACCGUCGACCUGUUUUUGCUUCUCCUUAUUCCAUUCUUCUUCUCCUUCCAUCUUGCUUCUUUACCUUCUUUGCCUUUUAAACACGCGUAAACGUAGAACCCCUGCGUUUUACGCGCGUUUAAAGGACGAAAGAAACAAAAAGCGGAGAUCGUUGUUCGAAACCUAAACACUGGAAGAUGUUAUCCCUUCCUACGGCACUCUUGUCCACUCAUCUAUUGUCCAAUCCUAUCGAUCUUUGGCGAUUGAGAAAUAGCACUGAUUCGCUUAUAUAACGAGAAGCUGGAAAUAAGACUUUAUACAGGAUGCGAUUAUUCGAACACGUGCUUCCAACGCGUCAACUAUCCACAAAAAUUACAUGUCAUUUCGUCGCAUGCGAUAUACGAACAAUGUCGCAAAGUUAAUCCGCAAUGAGAGGAAAAAAUCGACGGUCUUUGAGAAUUUUAAAUGUUUAUCUACGAUCUAGAUAGCUUCCAUUCCCAAGUGGGUUUUACAUUCGUUACAGACUACAGGUUUCUCGCGUUGAUCGAUCACUUUCGUUCAAGGUAAGACGACGGUGCUUCGCUUUCAUUUACAAUUCGAUCCGCGAAAAUGAAUCACUGCGUGGGUUAGUCUUAGAGAGCUAUAGAGAGGGAAAGAGAGAGAGAGAGAGAGAGAGAGAGUUGGGAUCGAUGGAUCAAAAUGUACCAGUCACUUGUGUUUUCGACGACGAAACCAUCAGAGUCUCGGUUACUAUUUCACGGAUGUAAGGACUCUCGUUCCCAUGACACGACAUUCGUCGACAGAUUCAUCGACGGCUCGAGAGGCAAGAUUUUUAGGUCAGACAGAAUUCUCCUUGGAAAAAUCGAGUUCGAAGGCCCUGGCGAUCAUAUAACGCUCGACUGAUGAAAAAGUGAUUCAAAGAAACACCGAUCGUAAAGGGAUAACAAGUGGUCGAUAAAGAAAAGGAUACUUGCAGACCUCGACUGCGUGUAUCGCACCCCGUGCCCCGUGCCCCGUGCCCCGUGCUCCGUGCUUCGUGCUCCUUACGGUGCAGCAGUGCAGCGCAGUGCAGUGCAGUGCAGUGCAGUGCGCACGAUGAUGUCUCUCGUAACGGCGCUCGUCAUAUCAGCGUAAAUACCAUAUUUGACACCUUCCUUUUCCCAACGUAUCCAAAUCGAAAUAUAGGAAACCAUAUUUGUCCAGGCCAACAACUAGUAACGACGAUUCGAUGCUUAAUCGGCAAUAUAAUUCCCCCACCAUAUGGAACCAUAUGCGAUAUAAAUAUAUUAGCGCUCUAAUUAUUUACCGUAAAGUUGAAAUAAUUUAUUACGGGGCCAAUGAAAUUUCAAAAUAUUUCCUACGACAUAGAACGAUAGAAUAAACGGUAAAAUAAACGUUAAAUGACGGAUGUUGUACGGGCCUCGAAUAUGCAUAUCAAUAUGCUGCUAUUACGAUAAUCUACGUUAUGCUAAUUAUUAAUACACAUUAUGACAAUCUACCUAUAUGAUGGAUACGUUUAGUCAGUCACUUACAUACAGCCGACUGUUUGUCAAUAAUAGAAACGUUCGUUGAGAAAAUGGGCGGUAUAAAAACGGUGAAAAAUAUCGGUGCUUUACGAUUUACAUCGCGUCGUUGAUCUUACGUUUACUUAGGCGGAUCAAUUAAGGAUCGAUCGGUCGUCUGUUCAAUAUCGAUCACAGGCUAGGAUGCCAGCCUGUUCUUAUUAAUCGCUUAUAGUUAUACUUAUUAUAAUUGACGCUUACAGUCGCCAGAAAGAUCCAGCCUUUUGUCGCGAACGCGCGAUAUAAUUGCAGCUUUUACCGGCAAACGCGUUUACUGGCAAGUACGUAACCCGAUCAUGGUCUCGAAUCUCGUGGAUCAAAGACUCGAUUGUAUCGCGAGCUUCGUUAGACGCGGUUUUAGUCGAGAUAAGGUUCGUCCGUCACAGCGAGCAGUUUGCAUUCGCCGGACAACUCCGUUAAAGCAGCGAGCCAGUAAACAAGCAAGAUACAGGAUUCACAGUGGCGAAAUCCAAUAGCGGAACAUCCUUGCACCGAGACAGACCGACACAACUGUCGCCAAUAAAAGUGAUUUACGAUCCUUGAGCUGACGAUCGGCGUGAUACGAGGUUACCGUGAGAAUCCGCGUUCUGCUCGUAUUCUACUCUCCGAACAAGUUGUAAAUCGUUUGUCGAGCGAGGAAUGGGCCAUUGGACUUGGCCAUACUAUCACUGGGGCACGUAACGUAAUCGAAAUUGAACGAAAAGGAGGGAAACUCGAACUCGGCUUGUCACGUCCUACGUUUAAUACGUACAACUCGUUAAUAUAUACCAAAGAUAAGAUUCGUGCAACGCGAUGAUCACUCGAGCGAAGCUGUGGUGGAAGGUGGCAUGCUCUGGUCAGAAGAAAGCGAUAUUCGCUGGCCUGGCGGCGCAUUCUGGACAAAUAUCCGUAGGGCUUGGUCAAGGAUUCAGCGCGAUUUUAGUGCCGAAACUGUUGGCCAGUAACUCGGCCAACACCGAUCAGACCUCUUGGAUCGCUGCUCUAGGUGUCAUCUCUAAUCCUUUGGGCUCGUUAAUCGCCGGACUAUGCGCAGAGUGGUUCGGAAGAAGAUCGGCUAUCGCGUUGGCCAGUUUGCCUCAUGUCGCUGGAUGGUUGUUGAUAGCGUUAGCGAAAAACUUGCCUCUGUUAUACGUGGGCCGAUUCGUCAGUGGAAUCGGAAUGGGCAUGGCAAACGGCCUAUAUCUUUACGUCAGCGAGGCCGCCGCACCAAACCAAAGAGCCUGGCUGGGAAGCUGUGGCCCAGUUUUAGUUUCGCUCGGUGUCCUGAUGAUUUACUCGUUGGGAGCGUUCACCACGUGGGAAAAUGCCGCUGCCAUCAGUAUAGCACCUGCUAUACUCUCGCUGGCGCUAACGCGUAUGAUCCCGGAAACACCGAGUUGGCUAGUCGCUCGAGGACGAAACGAGGAAGCGAAGGAAUCCUUGUUGUGGCUACGAGGCUCUGGCCUAACCACCGACAGAGAGUACGAGGAACUUUGCGAGGCAAACGCGAAAAGAGAAGAGGGAAAAGAGAGUCUGUUGAAAGCUCUUCACAUGCCGAGCGUGUGGAAGCCUUUCCUCGUGCUGUGCGCUUUCUUCGCGCUCCAGCAAAUGUCCGGCAUCUAUAUAAUCCUCUUCUACACGGUCAGCAUCCUCGAGGACAUCGGUAUCGACCUGAACGAGUAUUCCGCGAGCGUUGGAAUCGGUGUGAUCAGGUUGUUCGCGUCGAUAGCCGGCGCUGGUCUAGCCAACAGCUUUGGCAGAAAAGCGCUAACCUUCGUCAGUGGCUUAGGAAUGGCGAUCUCUGCCGUAGGCGUUGCUCUCUCCUACAGGUUCAAAUUGCCAUCGGUGGUAUCCUUGGCAUGCAUCGGAGGCCACGUAGGCUCCUCUAUGAUAGGAUUUCUCACUCUGCCAUGGGUCAUGACCUCCGAACUCUAUCCGCUAAGGUUCAGAGGAUCUCUAGGAGGCAUCACCACCAGUAUCGUACAAAUGUUAACGUUCGCAACCAUCAAAAUGUAUCCUAAUCUGGAACCGAUAGUUGGAAUCGAGUGCUUCAUGUGGACGUUCGCCGUAGCUUCUAGCUUAGGAGCCGCAUUCGCCCUCACCAUCCUCCCCGAGACCAGAGGUCGAAGCCUCGACGAAAUAGAAAACGAAUUCUCGAGAAAGCUCGCGACAGACCCGACCGCCGACGUUGUCCAGCCAACAGCCACCGUCUCUCUUCGACCUAAUAAUAUCACGCUCGAGAAAUUUGCCUCGAUUCCCGAGGAGAAGCAUCGCAAUGUCACGACAAACGCGUACGCUUACGACAAUUUCUGCAUCGACUUAACCGCUGACCAUAUAGAAAAGAACAAAAGUGAAGCUGCCAAUGAUUCCGAUGCGAACCAUCGUCAUCUCGCUCGCGCAAUCUCGUCCGAGCACGUGUAUUUCUAGCACCGUCCAUUUCCAUCGAACCUUCCUUCUCCAUUCACUCUCUUUUUCCACCCAUCCGAUAUACCCAUAGAAACCGGCCCCUUUUUCACCUAUUUUUCCAUCUACACCAUUCUUAACCAGCCUGAACCAGCGUUUCCCGCGUAAUGUAAUACAACCAAUGGUCGAUAGUUUGCGCAGUUUCCAACUAGAUCCGGACCAAUCAGUCGAGUAGAACCGUACAAAUGUUCUCCAACUACUUUUCUAUAUAUACCUGCUACGUUCAAAUAUCUGCGAAUCAAUUCGUCGCGCUACAACUCCGCAUAAUUGUAAAUAUAAUUCUCUUUCUGCAAAGUGUAUAUAAUUUUAUUUCCUAUCAAUAAAUGAAUUAUUUUUCCAA